CUCCUCCUCCUCCUCCUCCGCCGCCGCCGCCUCACUCACGCCUCUUAGUUUGGUCGAGCUGCGGCGGCGGCGCGAUGGACGAGGUGUGCGAGGGGAAGGACUUCUCCUUCCCGGCGGAGGAGCAGCGGGUGCUGCGCCUCUGGGACGAGCUCGACGCCUUCCGGGACCAGCUCCGGCGCACGGCGGGGGGCGAGGAGUUCGUCUUCUACGACGGGCCGCCCUUCGCCACGGGCCUCCCGCACUACGGCCACCUCCUCACGGGGACCAUCAAGGACGUCGUCGCCCGCCACCACUCCAUGCGCGGCCGCCACGUCGCGCGCCGCUUCGGCUGGGACUGCCACGGCGUCCCCGUCGAGCACGAGAUCGACAAGGCCCUCGGCAUCACCAGGCGCGCCCAGGUGCUCGAGAUGGGGAUCAGCAAGUACAACGAGGCCUGCCGCGGCAUCGUCACCAAGUACGUCGCCGAGUGCUAGGCCGUCGUCACGCGCAUGGGGAGGUGGGUCGAUUUCGAGAACGGGUACAGGACCAUGGACAUCAAGUUCAUGGAGAGCGUGUGGUGGGUUUUCGCGCAGCUGUGGGACAAGGACCUCGUCUACAAGGGUUUUAAGGUGGUGCCUUACAGCACUGGCUGCAAAACAGCACUGUCAAACUUCGAGGCAGGAAUGGCGUACCAGAAUGUCUUGGACACUGCAGUGAUGGUGUCCUUCCCGGUUAUUGGUGAUGUGGACAAUGCAGCUCUCGUUGCAUGGACAACAACACCGUGGACUUUACCUAGCAACCUAGCACUUUGCGUCAAUGCCAAUCUUGUUUAUGCCAAGGUAAAGGACAAAUCAAAUGGAAGUGUAUAUAUUGUCGCAGAAACUAGGCUAGACCAACUGCCGGUCAAGGUCAAAGUUACUGGAAAGACGAAGUCAGCACCUUCUAAUGGGAGCACUGAUGGAGCUACUAAAAUUGGACUAGAUACUGAAUCAUAUGAACUGCUCGAAAAUAUUCCUGGGUCAUCUUUGGUAGGCCUUAGAUACACACCUUUGUUCGACUAUUUCUCAGAGCUUCAGGACAACGCAUUUAGAGUCAUAGCAGAUGACUUUGUAACUGAUGAUAGUGGAACGGGUAUUGUACAUUGUGCUCCUGCUUUUGGUGAAGAUGAUUAUCAUGCUUGUCUUGCUUCGGGGAUAUUGGAGGGUACUGAUCUUGUUGUUCCUGUUGAUGAUGAUGGUUUCUUUACAGACAAGAUCUCUGAAUUCAAUGGUCGGUAUGUCAAAGAAGUCGACAUCGACAAGGAUAUAAUCAAUGCUGUAAAGGAAAAAGGAAGACUUGUCAGUAAAGAAAGCAUCAAACACCCCUAUCCCUACUGUUGGAGAUCUGAAACUCCUCUCAUAUACAGGGCUGUUCCAAGCUGGUUCAUCAGAGUUGAAAUGAUUAGAAAUCAGUUGCUGGAAUGUAAUAAGGAGACGUACGGGGUGCCUGAUUACAUUAAGGAAAAACGAUUCCAUAACUGGCUUGAAGGUGCUAGAGACUGGGCUGUUAACCGAACUAGAUUCUGGGGCACCCCUCUUCCUCUAUGGAUCAGCCAAGAUGGAGAAGAAAUAAUUGUUAUGGACUCUGUUGAUAAACUUGAAAAGUUAUCUGGUGUCAAGAUUAGUGAUCUUCACCGCCACCAUAUAGAUGACAUCACAGUUCCUUCGCAGAGAGGGCCAGAGUAUGGGGUGUUGAGACGCAUUGAUGAUGUUUUUGAUUGCUGGUUUGAGAGUGGAUCCAUGCCAUAUGCAUACAUUCAUUACCCAUUUGAGAAUUGGGAACUAUUUGAAAAGAAUUUUCCUGGAGAUUUUGUAGCUGAAGGGUUGGACCAAACUCGUGGAUGGUUCUAUACUCUCAUGGUCCUGUCCACAGCUUUGUUUGGCAAACCUGCAUUUAAAAAUCUUAUAUGCAAUGGUCUGGUCUUGGCUGAGGAUGGCAAGAAAAUGAGCAAAAGCAAAAAGAAUUACCCUUCACCCAUGGAAGUCAUUGAUAAAUAUGGAGCGGAUGCUCUGAGGUUCUAUGUAAUAAACUCUCCUGUUGUCCGUGCGGAGUCCCUACGAUUCAACAAAAACGGUGUCCAUGGUGUUGUGAAAGAUGUCUUCCUCCCAUGGUAUAACGCUUAUAGAUUUCUUGUUCAAAAUGCUAAGAGGCUUGAAGUUGAGGGUCUUGCUGCAUUUUCUCCAAUUGAUCAAGCUAUUCUUCUGAGAUCACCAAAUGUGCUAGAUCACUGGAUACAAUCAGCUACUGAAAGUCUAGUUAGUUUUGUUCGACAAGAGAUGGAUGCAUAUAGACUUUACACGGUUGUUCCUUAUUUAGUAAAGUACAUUGACAAUCUUACCAACAUAUAUGUGUGUUUCAAUCACAAACGUCUGAAAGGUCGUACCGGAGAAGAUGAUUGCAGAGUUUCUCUUUCAACACUUUACCAUGCGCUUGUAACAACUUGUGUUUCAAUGGCUCUGUUUACUCCCUUCUUCACUGAAGUUCUAUACCAGAACUUAAGAAAGGUGUCCAGUAAAGCAGAAGAGAGCAUUCAUUUCUGCAAUUUCCCUUCCACUAUUGGUCAGUCAAAUGAGCGUGUUGAGCAAAGUGUCAAUAGGAUGAUGACCAUCGUUUAUCUUGCUCGCAAUAUUCGGGAACGGCAUAACAGACCUCUGAAAACACCAUUAAGGGAAAUGAUAGUUGUGCAUCCUGACAAUGAUUUUCUCGAAGACAUAACCGGAAAACUAAAAGAGUAUGUCAUGGAGGAGAUGCAUGUUAAGAUGGUCACUCCUUGUAGUGAUCCUUUAAUGUAUUCAUCUUUACGUGCGGAACCUAACUUCAGUGUGUUAGGCAAAAGAUUAGGAAGAGACAUGGGCAAGGUAUCAAAUCAGGUGAAGAAGAUGACUCAGGAUCAGAUCCUAGCAUUUGAGGGAAGUGGAGAAAUACUUUUCAGCGGUCAUCACUUGACGCUUGAAGAUAUUAAGAUUGUUCGAGAAUUCAAGCGUCCUGCAAAUGUGUCAGAUAAGGAAAUUGAUGCUGCAGGAGAUGGCAAUGUUUUGGUUAUCUUGGAUCUCCGAGUUGAUCAAUCAUUGUUGGAAACUGGAGUUGCUCGAGAGGUUGUGAAUAGAAUCCAGAAGUUGAAAAAGACUGCUCAGCUGAGACCAACCGACCUGGUUGAUAUAUACUACAGUUCACAGGAUAGCGGUGAUAGUUCUCUUGAAAAGAUUUUGCAAUUGCAGGAUCAAUACAUUAGAGAUGCACUGGGCUCCUCUCUUACCUCGAAGGCAGAGGCACAAGCCGAUAUGUUGAUAAUCUGUGAGGAGGCCCACAGCGUACGUGGCAUGUCUUUCGUUAUCUAUUUGGCAAGGAAACCGUGAGCUUGUUGAUCGUUUUAACAUCGAGGUCUAUUCUGACUGAAGGCUGCCUUUCAAUUUCAAGUUAGAAAUAUAAGUGCUAGUUUUUACACUCUCUCGUUCUGUCUCAGAUAAAUAUAUUUUGGCUAUGAUAUGAUUGAUCUCUUGCUGUAUGUCUAUGGAUUGAAGAUUUACCCAUGACUACAUGUUUGGAAUUAUUAAAAGAAGAAAGAGUACAAUUCGCAGUAGUGCAGCAUGUGGUUAACUAGGAAAUAGCACCAGUUAUUUUUCUAGUUUUCCAUCGAACCCUAUUUUUAUAGGGUGAUGUUUUCCAAUGUUUGUAAUAUCAAACGCAAGUCUUUGUAUAUGGCGCAAUUAUGUAAAGAUGAAUCAUGAACCAUUAAAUGC